UUAGUUCAUUUAACACAAAAUCAAUAAAAGAUAAUAUAAUAAUGAGAUGGAGAAAGAACUAAUUUUUGCCAAUUCGUUUAAUUCUACUUUAUAUUUUUCUAAUUGUUUUUAAUUUAUUAUUCAUUAACUAACAAAUAGAAAAAGGAAAAAGGAAAAAUCACAUCACAUCUGAUCACAUGCUUGUUUGUAAGUGUUCGUGACAGCAGCAACUAUCAAAGGGUAAAAACUUGAGAGAAAAUAACCGGAGCAAGUUUCAGCUUUGAACUUUGAUUACUUGAAGAUGGGUGCGGAAAAGAACUUCAUUGACAUGGAGGAGGGAACUCUGGAGAUCGGGAUGGAGUAUAGAACUGUGUCUGGUGUUGCGGGACCAUUGGUCAUUCUUGACAAAGUUAAGGGUCCAAAGUAUCAGGAGAUUGUCAAUAUUCGGUUGGGAGAUGGAACCACUCGACGUGGUCAAGUCUUGGAAGUUGAUGGAGAGAAAGCAGUUGUGCAGGUUUUUGAAGGAACAUCUGGAAUUGACAACAAAUACACAACUGUGCAAUUUACAGGAGAGGUUUUGAAAACGCCUGUGUCAUUGGAUAUGCUAGGACGCAUAUUUAAUGGCUCCGGAAAACCCAUUGAUAAUGGCCCUCCUAUUUUGCCUGAGGCAUACCUGGAUAUUUCUGGGAGCUCUAUCAAUCCUAGCGAGAGAACUUACCCUGAAGAGAUGAUUCAGACAGGGAUUUCAACAAUUGAUGUCAUGAACUCCAUUGCUCGUGGACAGAAGAUUCCUCUUUUUUCUGCUGCUGGUCUUCCUCAUAAUGAAAUAGCUGCUCAAAUUUGUCGUCAGGCGGGUCUUGUAAAGCGGCUGGAAAAGUCUGAUAAUCUCCUUGAUGAUCAGGAAGAAGACAAUUUUGCCAUUGUGUUUGCUGCUAUGGGUGUGAACAUGGAGACAGCUCAAUUUUUUAAGAGAGAUUUUGAGGAAAAUGGAUCAAUGGAGAGAGUUACCCUUUUUCUGAACCUGGCCAAUGACCCCACAAUUGAACGAAUUAUCACACCAAGAAUUGCCCUCACAACCGCUGAGUAUUUGGCUUAUGAAUGUGGGAAACAUGUUCUGGUUAUAUUGACAGAUAUGAGUUCUUACGCAGAUGCUCUUCGUGAGGUAUCUGCUGCCCGCGAAGAAGUCCCUGGAAGGCGUGGGUAUCCUGGUUAUAUGUAUACUGAUCUGGCAACAAUUUAUGAACGUGCAGGGCGUAUAGAAGGAAGAAAAGGUUCUAUUACCCAAAUUCCUAUUUUGACCAUGCCUAAUGAUGAUAUCACGCAUCCUACACCAGAUCUUACUGGUUAUAUUACUGAAGGGCAGAUAUACAUUGAUAGACAACUCCACAAUCGACAAAUAUACCCACCAAUUAAUGUACUCCCUUCACUUUCUCGAUUAAUGAAGAGUGCUAUUGGUGAAGGGAUGACUCGUAGAGAUCAUGCUGAUGUGUCCAACCAGCUAUAUGCAAACUAUGCUAUUGGAAAAGAUGUUCAAGCAAUGAAAGCUGUGGUUGGAGAGGAAGCACUUUCUUCUGAGGAUCUGCUUUAUCUGGAGUUCCUAGAUAAAUUUGAGAGAAAAUUCGUGACUCAAGGUGCUUAUGAUACUCGCAACAUCUUCCAGUCACUUGAUUUAGCAUGGACUUUGCUUCGAAUCUUCCCACGGGAACUUCUCCACCGUAUACCUGCAAAGACACUUGACCAGUACUACAGUCGUGAUGCAACAAGCUGAUCUGAUAAAGCAAGUCUGCUCUUUGCUUAUCAACAUCAUGUCAAUUUUCAUUUGAAUUAAGUCUGCCAUUGGGUCGCUUCACCAAAAACACUUUGCCUUUGCUGCAUGACCUCGACGGAAAUCAGUCUCGAUGAAUGGGUUCUCUACGACUGCAGCGCACUACAUGUCUAUUUCUAGAAACAGGUUUCCUUAAAACUUUCAUUCAAGUUCAUGGCCUGUGAUUAUUUUAGUCAUAAGUAUUCUUUGUUUCGAGAACCCAGAAGCUUUUCGAGAACAGUAUUUUCAUGACGUUAUUUCGUCAUUCAAACUGCGAUGAAAAAGGAUAGGAGAUUGGAUUAAGUUGUUGGAUUUAUAGCCUUUGUCUAAGUCUAAAGUCUAGUGGCACUAUAUAUUCCUCGUGGGUUUGCAUUGGCUGCUUUUUAGCACUUUCCAACGUCGUUUCAAAUCUUAUUUUUGUCAGCUUUGGCAGUGGCUCCUUUAAUUUGAGUGGAAAUUUCAUUGAAAUUA